UACAAGUUUUAACCGAAUUUAGUGAAUUUAAAAUAUUACAAAUUCCCGGUUCAUAAUAGACGUAAGUAAUAGAUCUUCGUAAACAAAAACGAUCACUCUCUAGUUUUUGAACGGCUCUGUUUUAUAAAAUGGAUCUUCCGCAUAAAAACCCGGAUUCAAAUCCGGAGGAGGACGAAAAAAUAGACGCUAAAGAUGAAAAUAAAGUUGGUCAGAAGAAUUUAUCAACAGAAGAAAUGAAAUCUAUGACAGAACAGAUAUCUGAAAUCUUGACAACAUUACCUGAAACUGCAACGAACUUUUCCGUUAGCAAACGGAGUGAAUGGAAUAAAAGUGAAGGGAGGUCCGAAGAUUUAAAUGGCAGGGAUAAUUCAUACCAGGAAAAUUCCUCUCAUGCUUCGUCACCUGCGCCGUUUACAUCAGACAACGAAGAUGAUGAAUCGGAGGCGGAAAGCUCCGAGCUCGAUGAGGAAGAUUGUAACAGAAGAAGAUCGCAAUGUUUGGAUGAAAUGUCAACCAUUGAAAAACAAUUCAUGGACAUCAGAGACCAAUUAUACAGAGAAAGGCACACCCAGAUAAUGCAGAAACUGGAGGAAGUUAAAGCAGGAACAGCUCCAGAAUAUCUUCAACAAUUACUUGUGUUGGAAACAAACAAACAAGUCAGAAUGCAGGUUUCUGAUAUUUUAAAAAGAUUACGAGUUGAAUCUCUUAAAAUAAACCUGGAAGCAGAGAGCCAAGCUAACACUCAACAACUAAAAAAUGAGAAGCAAAUAUUGAUGGGGAAGAUUGAGAAUGAGUUGAAUGAGAAGAUGCAUCGGUUGGAGGAAGAUCGGGAGAAUGUAGAUCUUUCAAAUCAGCUGUGGGAUGAUGGAAGAGAUGGGGAGGAAAUCUUCAGGAAGAAGAGCAAAAGGAGAGAAGAAGUUAACUCAACUUUCUCAUUCGGAGGAGUGAAGAGAAAGAAGAAGCCAGUUACUGUGACUGGCCCAUAUAUAGUCUACAUGUUACGAGACACGGAUAUUAUGGAUGACUGGACAGCGAUCAAGAGAGCAAUCGUAAGCAAGCGAAGAACAGUGUCAGUAAAACAUCCAAAGAAACGGCAAACACACAGUUGUAAAUACGAAGAUGGAAAAAUGAUUUAUGGAAUUAAAACUUUUGAAGAAGGCAUGAACGUGACCAUUCGCAAGAGAGGAGAAUCACCCACUUUUGGUAAAAUAUCCGGGUUAAACGCUUCAGAGAUCCUGGUGCAAAGAAGCAAUGGUUCAAAAGCGAAACUUUACGUUUACCAACUCCAACGUGGGAUAUAUACAUUGCACCAUAGAUGAUGGGGCAGAGGUUGUUGGUAUCGUGGACAUAAGGUUUCAGUGCCAUAUGUAUGGCAUAUAAGUGGCGUGGCUAAUAUGUGGCAUAUGGGCAGGCAUUUUGUUUUUUUAAUAAAAACUACUAAAUAAUCACAAACAAAAAACACACUAAAAAAAUGGCUUUAAGCAGUUGCUGCAGGUUGUUCGGUACUACAGUAAAAAUAUUGCUUCGGUAUAACCUAUACUCCAGUUGUUUAAUGAAUAUUUAAUAUGAGUAUAAAACUGCACCUUCAAAAAGGUUGUAAUUGUAAUUUUAUUGUCAUGCUGAUGCGAGGUAAAUUUCAUGGGCAUUUUGGCAUAAUAAAGAAAAUGUUACGAACCAUUGGUUUGAAGGCUUCCGUGGUCAUAAACCAUCAUUCAUUCCAACCAUCCGUCAUUGCUUUCAUGCAACGAUCGCAAACCUGCCCACUAGAGGUCACUAUAUACCUCCUACACCUCGGACAUUUACACAUCGUUGUAGUGUUUACAUCGACCUCCCAUGGCGUGUCACCUCCUCCUACCACAGUACAUUCAGCGCAUGUUAGUAUCUCACUUAAUGUUGUUUCAUUGCCCUCUCCCUCUGUGAGCAUCUGUACAAGUAAAUAAAGUUGAUCUACAUUUU